AUGAAAGCAGUCGCAUCUCUGGCCGCUGGCCUCUCCCUGUUGAGCCAAGUUUCCGCUCAUUACAUAUUCCAACGCCUCACCUAUGGUGGAACCGAGUUCCCGGUAUACCAAUACAUUAGGCCAAACACAAACUACAACUCUCCCGUCACAGAUCUAACAUCAAGCGACCUGAGAUGCAAUGUUGGAGGAUUGACUGGAGCGUCAACUCAGAUCAUCACGGUCAAGGCGGGCGAUUCGUUCUCGUUCACCACUGAUGUGGCUGUCUACCACCAAGGCCCAGUAUCAUUUUACAUGGCGAAAGUCCCAUCCGGCCAAACUGCGGCAACAUUCGACGGGUCAGGUGCGGUCUGGUUUAAAACCCAAGACAUAGGUCCUACCUUCGACUCCAACGGAAACGCGGUCUGGAAUCUAGCACAAACCUACACAUCCAAGCUCCCCGCCGGCCUCCCCAGCGGCGACUAUCUCCUCCGCGUGCAACAACUUGCAAUCCAUAACCCUUACCCCGCCGGCAUCCCCCAAUUCUACAUUAGCUGCGCACAAGUCACCGUCACCAACGGAGGCUCUGGGAACCCUGGCCCACUGGUGUCUAUCCCGGGAUUUAUUAAGGGCGACGAGUCUGGAUAUACCGCUAAUAUUUACAAUAAUUUCAAGAGCUAUACCGUGCCGGGACCUGCUGUGUGGAACGGCCAAUAA